UAUGUGAAGGCAACACGCAUCCUCCAAGCUCUUAGGGAAAUUGUCCUCUGGAAUGAAACUAGAAGUUGUUGCGUGAUAGCAUCGUAUAUAUCAGAGGGAACGGAAGAUUGCAAUUAGAAUGCGAGGUAACGCGUCUGGAGUUACGAGCACCACCGUUUGCAUUCUUGAUAGAGAGCAUUAUUGGCGAUGAGUAUCAUGCCCUGUGACGCAGAGUCACGUACCAGCAUCAGGGUUUGUUUGGAGGGCACUAAGAGUAUAUAUACUUUGAAGACAGUGUAAACCUGUCAGGCAGAACUGGCAAGGCAGAGAGGGUAGCGAGGGAAGAGCGAUCGCCGUGGAUGGGGACGACUUGUUUCCUGAGAAAAAGGAAGGGAAGGAAAUAGAGAGAAGAAGUAGGAGAUGGUGACCUCUUUAGCUAGAAUCUACAAGCACAGCUUCAAGCACUUUCACAUUCUUUUUCUGCCUGGAAGACAAUUACUUCAUGUGUGAGAAUUUGUUGUUGUUGUUGCCAAGACAGCAUAGAUUUGUGUGAGCGGUUGCCAUAGCAACAUUCUUCAAAGACUGUCUCUCAGCCAAGUGGAAACCAACGAGGAAAUUGCUUGACAGAGAUGCGAUAGACAAAAGAUGAUAUUUUGGAGGCACUGAAGAGAUUAAAGAAUCAAAAGAAGGAAUUAGUCAGUUGGAUUAGUAGCAGAAAGUGAACAACUGAUGUGUAUCUUCAGAUAUAAUAACAAUCUUAAGAUAGAUUACUUGACAUAAAUUUGUAUGUAUUAGCAUGUUUCCAUGUCUAUGAAAGCAAGCAUUGAAAAAAAACUUUGUUGAAUUAUGAGCUAGUGGUGAUCCGGACUAACAUGAUUGUAAUAUGACACAAGCAUCAUCAUCCCAAGCGAAGACUUCAUUGAGCACUAAAUGUUGCUGUCUUCACACAUCUUAAUAGUGUGCCGAGUUUCAACAAUUGAAGCCAAUAUACACCAUCACUCUCCCAGAUACCUAGCGUGAAUCUCAGCGGGCAGUGUGCGACCCCUGGACACACACGCAUCUCCGGCGAGAGCGUUCAACGGCAGACUUGUCGGAUGAAGCCUCGGUUGCCGUCAACGACGCUCAUCUUUCACCCGCGAACCCCGAGGGCGAGACGGUUGACAUGUGAUAUGCUGAGAGCCGGGACACACGACGCCCUGUGAACUUGACUUCAAUACGAUGCGUGAACCUUGUCCUUAUCGACUAGCCUUUCAUUUCCUCUGUUGAUAUCUAUUGGUUGGAUAUAAAGACAUUUUAUCACUGCCCUGUAGCGGAUAAGAUUCCAGGCCUCAGACACCUUUGCCUUGCCGAGAAGAAAAUGACAUCAACGUCAAGAAUGUCUACCGUUCCCAUGGAAACGACAUUAUCUGCUGAAUCAGUUGUCUACACUCCUAUGACGGAGAAGACGACAGCUGCUGGAGGGGCCGCUAACGAUCAUGGAAAAAAUAAUUCCCAUUCAGACCCGACUGCCAUCUCAGUCGCAGCAUCAGCAGCCAGCUUAAUUCUGGUCUUGGUAGCCAUUGUCAUCUGGUACUUUCUGGUCAGAAAACAAUUGCUUUCAAAAACCAAAAGCCACCAGCGACUUGGGAGCCACAAAAGCCAUCGUAGCAACCAGGGAAGCCGACAAAGCAGUUUCCAAGAUGGUCACCAUGACAAUGUAUCGUCGCAUAAAAACCACCAUGGAAGCAAGCACUCGCCCAAAUCCCACAGAUCCAGCAACUCCCCAAAAUCACAUCACCGUCAUUCGGGUUGCCAUGACAACAAGGAGGUCUGCACAUGCCGCAAGUCGUACGACUCUCCCCUGGCGAUUCGGCGAUCGCCCAAGGGCAACACGGUGACGGAAUGCACAGGGAAUUCGCCAUACUGUCCGCAUACCACGCGGUUCCAGCAUCCCAACCACCGUAAAGGAACGAGGGACUCGGUGCAUUCAGAGCUGAGUGAUGCGGGCUGUACUGCUCCGGUGGAAGCCAUCUGCACCUGUGACUUACCGCAGGGUCAUACAAAGGUCAUAACGGGGGCAGACUUUACCGUGGUAGAGCUGGAGGCUCAUAAUAAGAGACACAUGCCUCCGGGGGAGCCGAUACAUAACGGUCACCUCCCCUGCACGGAGAUGAAAGACAUACCUUCAACAAGUGCAACACCCCAUCAACCUGAAUCUGGCCCCCAAUGCACUUGCCCUCAUCCGCAUCCCCCUCCUCCGCUCCCGGUAGCCCCAGUACCAGAUAGCCCUCACACCGGGGCGAGUCAUCGGAAGGUCGCGAAUGCCAAGAGCGAUCCAGGGGUCAUAGGUCAAAAGGGCAAUGGAGAGAUGGUCUGAUCACAGAAUUGCAACUGGAAUUGCAAGGAAUAAUAAUUGAUUGAUUUAUAGAUGUACUUCAGUGUAACUAAAUGAUCAAUAUUUUUACUAUGCCUGUAUAUCAUUGAAGCAUUCCAAUGCAUGUAUCUUUCUACAUGCAUACGUAUAUACAUGUACAUGUCACAUGUGACAAACAUAACUUUCUCACACAAAUUCAUUUUUUGAGUAAAGACCUUCUCUGUUUUUGUUAUGCUUUUUUUAAGCUCCUAUGACAUUAAUGAUGUACAGCUAAGAUAUUAUAAAACAUGAAUAUCAAUAUUCUUGGUAAAACUAGAUCCAUUUUUCUGAAAAUGUUUGGCAAACUCACUAUGAUUAAAAAUAGAGGAAUCAAAUUCUUCGCCAUCGACAAAUGAUCCUCAUAUCAUCCUCUUCUCAUAAUAAUAAUAACUCAUCUUGUCAUCGGAUUCAGGCUUACCCGCACACAAUGUAUGCACAUUCUCCACUCCCUGGGGAGCAUACUUACAAUUUAUUCUUCUAUAAUAUGUGAAAUGGAAUAAGAAAGUUUAAAUUUGUUAUUUCACAUGUGAUAUGGCAUUCUCUGGGAAAUCUUAUACAUAUGUUUUCAAUUCUUGUCAUAAUCAUUAUAAGAUUUCAAAAAAGUGCAAUAUAAAUAGUGAAUUGUAGAGCAAUCACAAGUGUGCAGUAUUUUAUAUUCAUAUCUCAUUCUUCACUUUCCUAGAAUAUAGAAAAGGUGGAAUGUAUGAUUUCUAUUUUGAAAAUGUUCAGUUAUUUCAAGAUUUAUUGUUUCUACUCUAUUUCUUAUCCAUUUCAUGUCAAAAAUUAUUUUCAUUGACAUUGGACUGUGAAGGUAUUGAAUUUUGCUUAUGAAUAAGUGGGUUAAUUUGAAAGUGGUUAUUAAAUGAUUAUUUCUUCUUCUUCUUCAUCUUUUUUUGUUAAUCUUCAAAGGGCUAUGCAACCUGUCUUGAAGAUUUGUAUUUAGAUUACCAGUUGUGAAUGCAGCCACACUAAACAGGUUUACAAGCCACUCUUUGCAAGAAAUGUUCAGUAUUAACGUUUCAUAAAAUGUUUCCAGAUGAGGAAUAUUGGCCUCUGUUGAGAAGAAUAUGUUGAUUGGUAGUUUUCAAAUGAAGAUUUCAAUAAGCGAUAUCAAAGACCGCAGGACUCUGACUUUAAAGCUGAGAAAAAUUGGAAUGUAGGAAUAAGAUGAUAGCAAAUAAUUGGAGAUUUGCAGCAUGUGUGAAACAUGGAAAUUAUUGAUUUUCUUGAAGAUGAAAAUGAGCAUGUUUUGGAAUAAGGUAGCCAUUAUUUCUAUAUAAGGUUAUGUCACUGAACAAGGACAACUAAAGAAGAGGCAUGUAAACGAUGUUAGUCUUUAAGUGUUUGAAAAAUGCUUCAUUUUCAUGUUUGUCUUUAUGUUCCUAAAACUUACUCUGUUUCAUUUGGCUUGCAGUUCACAAAAUCAAUUCAUAUUUGUAGAUUUACAUGUGUGCAUACUUGAUGAGCCCUUAAUCUGGAUUGUUUUUCUUUGGUAAGUGUUCAACUAUAUUUUUGUUCGGUUUGACGUGAAGUGUUUAUGGAGAUAGUGCCUUUAAACAGAACAUUCACUCAAAUAUUUCCUUUUUGUAUGUUGUUUACAUGGUUUUGAACAAAGCUAAUGAUUUUGCAGGAAAAUCCCUUCAGAGAUUGUACUCCGUUUCUCUGAGCCUCAAAAAGAGUUUCUUUACUUUCAGUGGUUCACUAUCAUAGCAUAGAUGAGGUCAUAUCUAUUGUCUUUUUUUGCAACACUGAAUAUUUUGUAAAAACUGCUGACAUUGUUAAUAAAUAGUCAAUUCUAAAAUUGUGUACUGUUGCUGUAUUUUACAUGCAAAAGAGGUUUAUUCAUAGGCCACCGGAUGUAAUGAUUCUUAGUAAUACAUUUGAGAACAUCUAUUGCUUAGGUAAAUCAGGGUUCAUUCACAGCUGACUAUAACUGGUACCAUGCA